AUGGCAGAAGCCAGAAUUUCAGUGGAUCAGAAUGAGUUCAUCUGUCCAGUGUGUCUGGAUCUCCUGAAUAAUCCAGUGACCACUUCCUGUGGACACAGUUACUGUAAGAUCUGUAUUACAUGCCACUGGGAUCAGGAGGAUGAGAAGAGAGUCUACAGCUGCCCCCAGUGCAGACAGACCUUCAGGCCAAGACCUGCUUUAGCUAAAAACACCAUUCUGGCUGAAAUGGUGGAGAAACUGAAGAAGACUAAACUUGCUGCUGACUGUUACGCUGGAGAUGGAGAUGUGCAGUGUGACGCCUGUACUGGAAGAAAACACAAAGCCGUCAAGUCCUGUCUGGUGUGUCUGAACUCUUACUGUCAGAAUCACCUUGAACAACAUGAGAGUUUCUUUAAAGAAAAGAGACACAAUCUGACUGACGCCACUGGACGACUGCAGGAGAUGAUCUGCCAGAAACACGACAAACUCCUUGAGGUUUUCUGCCGCACUGAUCAGAAGUUUAUAUGUGUGCUGUGUACGAUGGAUGAACAUAAAAACCAUGACACUGUAUCAGCUGCAGCGCAGAGGACAGAGAAACAGAAGCAGCUGAAGGAGACGCAGAGGUCGUUCCAGCAGAGGAUCCAGCUGAGAGAGAAAGAUCUUCAGCAGCUGAGAGAGGCUGUGGCGUCUCAUAAGCGCUCUGCACAGACAGCAGUGGAGGACAGUGAGAAGAUCUUCACUGCACUCAUCCGCUCCAUUAAGAGAAGCCGCUCUGAGGCGACACAGCAGAUCAGAGAUCAGGAAAAGACUGAAGUGAGUCGAGCUGAAGGACGACUGGAGCGACUGGAGCAGGAGAUCAAUGAUCUGAGGAGGAGAGACGCUGAGCUGGAGCAGCUUUCACACACACAGGAUCACAUCCACUUCCUGCAGUCACUUUCACCAACAUUGUUCCCAGGACCAGGAACGACUUCCUACAAUAUUCUCAUCAGUUCACUCUGGAUCUGAACACAGUGAAUAAACGCCUCCGUCUGUCUGAGAAUAACAGAGAGAUUGAACUCACUGACACAGAUCAGCCGUAUCCUGAUCAUCCAGACAGAUU